UCUUCUUUGACGUAGGUACUUGUCGCUUAUAUUUGUGUGUAUUUCUUGAAUAUGCGGCAUUUAUUUUAUUGAAUUUCUUGAUUCUGUGAUUCAUUAGUAGUUUUGUGUGCCUCAAAAUGUCUGAAAGAGAUUAUGCGCCGUUGAGCAUAGCCUGCGUACGCGGGCUGUGCGAUAAAAUAUAUGAUAAAAGGAAGUUCGCUGGUGUGGAAAUAGAGAAAAUGGUAAAAGACUUCAGUGAUGCAAACAACACAAGUCAGAUCAAACGUUUAAUCAGAGUGCUGGGUCAGGACCUGAUGGCGUCUACCAACGCUAAUGUGAAGAACGGAGCCCUCAUGGGGUUAUCGUCGGUGGCCGUUGGAUUAGGCAAGGGUUGUGUGACUUACCUCCCAGAGCUGACGCAGCCAAUCAUCGCUUGCUUCAGUGAGAGCGAGUCUCGUGUGCGCUACCAAGCAGUGGAGGCGCUGUUCAAUGUACUGAAGAUUGCGCGGGCGCACUCUCUGCCCCACUUCCCUGUCAUAUUUGAUGCACUGGCUAAGCUCGCUGCGGACCCAGAGGCACAAGUGAAGCAAGGUGCUGAGCUUCUAGAUAGGCUUGUUAAGGAUAUAGUGACCGAGAGCUCCUCGUUCGACCUAGCGGCGUUCAUCCCGAUGGUGCGCGAGCGCAUCUACACGCGCAACGCGUUCGCGCGGCAGUUCAUCAUCUCGUGGGUGUCGGUGCUGGACGCCGUGCCCGACAUAGACCUCGUCGGCUACCUGCCCGAGCUGCUGGACGGCCUGUUCAAGAUGCUGGACGACGCCAACCAGGAGAUACGGAGGAUGUGCGAUGUGCAACUGAACGAGUUCCUGCGCAGCAUCAAGAAGGAUCCGUCGCGCGCGGACUUCCAGGCCAUGAUCAACAUCCUCAUCACGCAUGCGCAGUCGCCGGAGGAGCUGCUACAGCUGACAGCGAUCACGUGGAUCAAGCAGUUUGUGGAGCUCUCGGGGGCGGGCAUGCUGCCGUAUGCCUCGGGGAUCCUGUGCGCCGUGCUGCCCUGCUUGGCGUACUCCGACGAGUCCAGGAAGAGCAUUCGCGAGACCGCGGCCACAGUUAACCUCCAGCUCACCAAACUCGUGGCGUCCCCCGGGGACGGGGAGGGGGACGGGCAGGGGGAGGGGGAGCUGCAGCUAGACGCGGUGGUCGACGUGUUGACCAACAUGUUGCACCACGCGUCGGUGCAUACCAAAGUCGCCGCGUUGGAUUGGUUCCUACAUCUUUAUAAUAAGCUGCCUGUGCAGAUGUACAAUCAAACGGACAAAGUGUUUAUGAGUCUAGUGGGAUGUCUGACGGACGGGUCGGACGAAGUUGUCCGCCGGGCGUUGGCAGUUCUCGCUGAGAUCUGCUCGUGUAACACAGAUGACCUGGAGUCCAGCCCUUAUUACCACAAAUUCCUGCAAGCACUAUUGCGGUUGUUGGCGGCGGAUGACAGUUUGCUGGAAGACCGCGGAGCCUUCAUCAUCAGACAGCUGUGCGUGCUGCUGAACGCGGAGGCGGUGUACAGCGCGCUGGCGGCCAUCGUGCCCGCGCACUGCGCGCCGCGGCUCGCGCGCACCGUGGUGGACGUGCUCAGCUGUCUGCUGCUCACCGCGCGCGAGCUGCACGAGCUGCGGCUCAAGCUGCGGAACUUCGACCAGCCUGCGACGCACGCGCUGUUCACCCGCCUGUACGAGUGCUGGUGUCACAGCCCCGUGUCGCUGCUGGCCUUGUGUCUGCUCACUCACAACUACACUCACUGCAAUACGCUUAUAUGUACCUUCGGUGACCUGGAGAUCACGGUGGAUUUCCUGACAGAAGUGGACAAGCUGGUGCAACUCAUAGAAUCUCCAAUUUUCGCAUACAUGCGGCUGGAGCUGCUGGCGGGCGCGCAGAGCGGGCCGCUGCGCGCGGCGCUGUCGGGGCUGCUGAUGCUGCUGCCGCAGAGCGCCGCCUUCCACACGCUGCGCGCGCGCCUGCUGGCCGUGCCCGCCGGCCUGGCCGGCGCCGUGUGCAGUAAACCCCUCCCCGCCCCCGCCAAUAUAGACUUCGAAUCCCUUCUAAAUAAGUUUCAAAGCGUUCAAGCCGCACAUCGCGAACACAGCUCACUAGCGCGUCGCGGGAAACUACUGGACAACCUACCCUCAUAGCUACAAAUCAACACGUCAUCGUAGCGACAUCUAUAUGCCAACUCGGGAACUGAAAACGCAAGCAUCGUGUUAGUGGUUCACUCAGCUGUUGUUAGGUAGAUGGCGCUACUGUAUUGUGCAAAUCGCAGCGUAGUAAUAUGUACGAACACUGAAUUUUACGACGCCCAGGUUUGUAAAAUUUAAAAAAACCUUUGAUCCACACUCAAAUAUAGCCAAUUUGUUUUAUACUAUGUAGUGAUGCUUAUGUUUUGCCUGAAAUUAGAGAGAUUUAAAGUUAAAAAACCUGAAAAGAUUUUUCCCAAUGGAAUUUUUAGUGUAAGAGGCGUCCAAAGACUGUUUGAUGUACUAAAUGUACCUACUUAUGUUUUGACAGCUACUGUGUCCAAUUAAAUGUAUUAUAAUGAAUCUGAAUUUGUUAUGUUCAUCCUUUAUAGUUCAAUUGUAAUUAAGUUUAAAAAAUAUAUAUUUUGUAUAUAAGAACAAACUACUUGGUAACUGUUGUUUUAAUUAAGGAGUAUUUGAUAAAGUGAAAUUAAAUCACGAUAUUAUAAAGCAAACGAUAUUCUAAAAACGCUUAUAAAUAAGUUACUGGUGAGACUUUUACUGAUAGAAGAUAAUUUUUUUUUGUGAGUAAAUCUUGCAUAUUUUAUGGUUGCAAAUCUAAGGCUAUGUGGUCUUACUUCGCGGCGUUUGUACAUUCCAACUUCACACGUUUUUCUUAAAUUGUCAAUGUAGGUAUAUAUCUGAUAUACUGAAUGUGAAAAUUGUAAACUUAUUUUUUUAACAACUCUUCUAUUAAGCGCAUUGUAAGCUACGAAUAUAUAAUGUACCAAAGAAAUAUCUAUAUAUGUAUUUACAACUGGAAUAUAUAACCUUCUUUUAUCACAGUCGGUACAUAAGGAAUGUUGUAAGCUUUGUUAAAAUUUUUCGUAAUACCAAAUGAAACUAAAUGUAAAUAAAAUUUCUUUUAUUCUAUACAUCGGAAUGUAU